GAGCCGGGCUCCGGGGCGGGGCGCGGGUGCCCGGGGGCGGAGGAGCCAGGGAGGCGGGAGGCGGGAGGCGGGAGGCGCCGGGGCCGUUUAAGCGGCCUCCCUCCCGCCCCCAGCCGCCUGGUCUGGCCCCGGCCCUGUCCCGACCCCCGGCCUGGCCCACUCCGGCCCACCCGGCCGAGCGGCUCUGAGGGGCACGCAGGCGGGCUCCCGAGCAGCCCAAGCCCAUGAGGGCCUCGCGCCCGGCCGCCGGUGCUGACGAGACGGAGCUCCAGGAGAAGCGGAGGAUCAAUGCGGUUCAAGAAUCGAUUCCAGCGGUUCAUGAACCAUCGGGCCCCAGCCAAUGGCCGCUACAAACCAACUUGCUACGAACAUGCUGCUAACUGUUACACACAUGCAUUCCUCAUUGUUCCGGCCAUUGUGGGCAGUGCCCUCCUCCAUCGGCUGUCUGAUGACUGCUGGGAAAAGAUAACAGCAUGGAUUUACGGAAUGGGCCUCUGUGCCCUCUUCAUCGUUUCCACAGUAUUUCACAUUGUAUCAUGGAAAAAGAGCCACUUAAGGACAGUGGAGCAUUGUUUUCACAUGUGUGAUAGAAUGGUAAUCUAUUUCUUCAUUGCUGCUUCUUACGCUCCAUGGUUAAAUCUCCGUGAACUUGGACCCCUGGCAUCUCAUAUGCGUUGGUUCAUCUGGCUCAUGGCAGCUGGAGGAACCAUUUAUGUAUUUCUCUACCAUGAAAAAUAUAAAGUGGUUGAACUCUUUUUCUAUCUCACAAUGGGAUUUUCUCCAGCCUUGGUAGUGACAUCGAUGAAUAACACUGACGGACUUCAUGAACUUGCCUGUGGGGGCUUAAUUUAUUGCUUAGGAGUUGUGUUCUUCAAGAGUGACGGCAUCAUUCCAUUUGCUCACGCCAUCUGGCACCUGUUUGUGGCCACGGCAGCUGCAGUGCAUUACUACGCCAUUUGGAAAUACCUUUACCGAAGUCCUACAGACUUUAUGCGACAUUUAUGACCAGUCUGUACUAGGUCUCCAAACCAGUAUUAUUUCAGUUAUAGCACUUGGGAGUGGGGUAAGAGCUGAAAAUUGCACAGGGAAAGGAAAAAAAAAGAAGACAGCUGCACUGACUUCCUUUAUAUCUUUUGACUAUAAUUACUGUGAAAGUAUAAAAGCUGUGUUCUGGAAUUUUCCCCCUCACAGCAAAUAAAGCAGUGAAUUAAUUUUCAUUCCAUUCCACUAUCAUGAAGGACUCUGGAUAGGCUUGGCCAACUGAUGUUUACAAACCAGAAUUUUGUAUUUUAAUUUUACAGAUUUUACUACAUGAUUUUUCUAAAUUACUAGGUCAGGUUGUAAAAGUCAGUGCAAUAACAAAGCUUCCUUUUUAAGAAAAAACUUGUUUCACUUUCCCAUUCGCUGUGUAAAGAAUCAUGGACAGAACUUACACUACUUUUUACCAUGUUUCAUCUUGGCAUAACAUGGUUAUUUUUUAAAUAGAAACUUUAGUUUUUUGUAAAUUUUUACAAAAUCUUUCAUUGAAAUGCAUCUCUGCAGUUCCUCAUUCAUGUUGUGAAUUUUUGCAGCAAGCAGUCAACAUUCCACAAAUGAACAAACAUUAUACCUCUUCCGAUAGUUUUAUUAAGCAUGGAGAAAUUGCCAAUUUUUAAAAACUGCAGUUUUCCAAACUUUUCUGCCAACCUCUAACUCUGAAUUCAGUGCUGCUUUGGGAUAUAUACUUGACCUAGCUUGGUUUACCAGUGAUGGAAAAGUAUUUUGAUAUCAUUAACUUUUUCAAAAGAUCCAACUUUUUCUCUAUGCCUUUGCCAUGUUUUCUUCAGGGUCUCGGCGACAGUGGAUGAGUGUGCUGUCAUAUUAUGGUAGGAUUGUUGGGUGGGCUCUCUGCUGAAAACCCCUGAAGAGCAGCAUGAAUUACAGUGAAAGUUGUAUUGCCUGUUUGGUGCCCAAUGGCUAAGUCAUUGUCACUUAGCUUUAUAUAUCAGUUUGAUAUUUAUUUUAAAUUGUGGAAUUAGAUACAUAAAUUCACAUUUCUACCUUUCCUCUGUAUCUCCCAAUAUACUAUUUUUUUUAAUAGAGAAAAAUAUUUAAUGUAUUGUUUGACAGGUAGAGACUCAUGUGUCUGUAGUCCAUGAGUUAUAUCCUGGCUCAAUGGAGUGGUAUUUAUGCAUUAUUUUUGGUUUUCCUUCAGUGUCUUAUAUUAAGAUUAAUGUAUUAGUUGCUUUGUUGGUUAAUCUCACUUGUUGGUGUUUUAAUAAAUGAAAUAGGCUUGUCUUUUGAUCAGGUGCUGAUAUUGUUUGUUUUCAAUUGAUUGUCAGUUUGACGAAGAUUUAUCAAUUGAAAUUUUGUACUGAUAUGGCUUUAUAAAAGGAUUUAUUUUGUGUGCAUGUUUAGAACUCUGAUUUUGGUGAGUCAUAUGGGAAUGAGGAACAGAAGAACUGGUAUUUGCUGGGUGAGUUCUGAAAUAGGCAAGGUACCCAGUGACAACACCAACCAGCUCACCCCUAUCUGCAUGAUUCUGAACAUCUGGAUGCUUGUUGUGUUACUGUGUAUAUUUUAUUUUUAAUAUAUUAACUUUUUGUGGAUUCAUUUAAAGUCUGCUCAAAAGUAACACUGUCAAAACCACUAAAAUAUAUGUAAAAAUUGUGCUGUAAACUACAAUAAAGUUGUUACUUGGAUUUGUUCCA